AUGACCAGUCCGUCGCCAUCCUCGUUAUUCCGAGCUAAUCUUGCCUCUUCUAUCUCUUCUCUUCGACGUGUUCGUCCGAACAGACCCUUCUGGGAGCUCCCGGCACAUCGAAUACCAACUCUUCGUCUCUUCAGACACCUCUUGCGUUCUGCUGAUCACGCGCAGAUACGAUUCUCUGUUGGUCUGCACUUUCGCUUGAAUCAGCACAAGACGGGAACGGAACAGGCGACAGCGGCAUUGAGGUCUGGAUAUAAAUGGCUUAAAGCAUUCAAAUCAGCCCGUUCUGGAGAUAUAAAGUCCCAGGAAAUACUACGGCGGUAUGACAGUCUUGUGGCCGUGAAGCGAAAGAAAGCCGUAUUGGAGAGGGAAGAGUUGGAGGUGCUGAACCGAAUGCGUAACCGGCCCAUGCUUACAGGUGGUCUCAUGUUUCCCACUCUUUGGCAUCCCGCGCUUCCUCGCAUGAAGCCUCAGCCGAUCAAGAUUUCGAGAAUGAUUGCAAAAAGGAAACGAAAAUAUGAAAAUCGGCAAGUACUGUUGCUACGCUUAAAAGAGCAUCUUCGGUAUGCUAAAAGCGAGGUCGCAUUAGAGGAAGGACUUGGUGUUAGCGAUUCCGAGUAUGGUGGAUCAGUGAGGGAAUGGUCUCACGAAAUUGGGCUUGCCUUGGAUAAAAACCAGGUAUACUUUGAUCGAAUGCUAGCUCGCGCAAAUGGUACCGUUCCGCAGCAACUCUUUGAACGCGUAAUUCAGGCGCGUAGGAAUAAAAUUGCCAAUAAAACUAGAGAACGCGAACGUGAGCGGAAGGGUGAAGUGCUCAUGGCUACAUUACGACGGAGCAGGAAGGGCCCUCCGGCAAACGUUCUAGCGCGUAUGACACCUCAGCAGAGAAAAGACGAUAGGGUAUCCAGAGGGGGGAUAGGAGAGAUAGGAUAUCUAGGCAAGGUCAAGGCUCGAAUAGGCUGGCGGCUAAGCAGGAAAGACGAGGAGACACGAACGACAGAAGAUGGAAGGACGGAAAUUUGGAGUAUUGAAGAUGGAGCAUGGAUUGAUGUGGAAACAGAAAAGAAAUUACAAGGAAUAGCGGAAGAAUUGGAGCAAGAGAAUGAAAGGAGGAGGAGGAAUAGUAACCAAGUGUGA